AAAGAGGAGCCAUCGCUGUGAACCUUUCUAUCAGCCAGGAAGGGAUUGCUCUAAUGCGUAUUUUGGCACUGUUUCCCCUGGUGGCUGUAGACCAACUGCAAAUAAUCAGUUUAUGCCACACUUUAGUCCCUUUCCCUCCUUGGCUGGGCUUGCUGCAAGAAACUUACCAACCAUAACAACAAGAAAAAGCAAGGCAGCACCUGGUAAACGACACACAAGAAGAAUGAUGAGAACCCCAGGGUGCCAGGAAUACAAGUUUUCAUCAUGGGGGACAUGAAAACUCCAGACUUUGAUGACUUGCUGGCUGCUUUUGACAUUCCUGACCCAACCAGCCUUGAUGCCAAGGAAGCCAUUCAGACAGCUGGUGAGGAGAACGAAAACCAUCUCAAGCAGUCUGGGAUUUGUAUAGAUGAAAGCGCAUCCUUGUCCCAUGCAGCGCCAUCUUCUGACAUUCCAGUUGUGAGUGUCAUUGUGAAGAACACGUGCCGACAAGAGUCAUUUGAAGCAGAAAAGGAAGGCAACCACCUAGGACCAGGCCUGCUGCACAAUGGAUUCCGGGGGUCUGAACUUCCCCUGGAGACUCACAAUUAUGGGAAAUUUGAUUCCACUUUCAUCAAUGGUGAUGGCUUGAGGAACUAUCCUGAAAAGUUGGAACAGACAAAGUCAGAGCCCUUACCAACAUUCAGUCAGUUCAGCCCCAUCUCCAGCCCUGAGCCGGAGGAUGCACUCAAAGAGAACAGUAUUGUAGAUAAACCUAAACAUGUCCAAACUCCCUAUUUUCCACCGCAUCCAAUGUAUAUUCCAACUGGGUCGUCUGUGUUAGAUCUGCUUAGUAGGACCUUGCCAGAACCAGAGUUUAGUAGGUUUAUGUCAACUGGGCCAUCGCUGCUAGAUCUGCUUAGUAAGAAGAUAGCAGAACCCGAGUUAAGUAUGUUUGAUCAAUACUGUAAAAGAGAUCCAAAGAUAGAUAUGCAUGAACUGCAAGAAAGCAGGGUGGAUGCUAGCAAGAGGGAACGUGACAAGAGCCCUGAGAAACGGGAGGGCCCUGUCAAAGACCUUGUGGACACCAAUAACUUCCUCAGCGAAGGGUUGCAGCUUGGCAAUUUCCAUAGCAAUAACUUGGGGGAAAGUAAAGGAUCUGUGCCUGAAAUGAACUACUCCUCUUCGUCAGUUCCACCUCGCCAGCGUAUCAAACCUGCCCACUCCAAGCUCUCAUCCUGCGUCGCUGCACUUGUAGCCCUUCAGGCCAAAAAGGUUGCAGGCAUCUCAAAGGAGGACCAGGGAAACCUGACGAAGGAGUCUUCUGGGCCCUUUAAAGAUGGCAUCAAGGGAAGCCCCAAGAUGCCAAAGUCACCAAAGAGUCCCAGAAGCCCCCUUGAGAUGGUGAGAAAAGUCAGCAAGCAGCCCGAGUCUCCCCGGAGUGUGUGCAGUGACAGCAGUAGCAAAGGCUCUCCUUCGGUGGCAACUGGUUCACCCCCAGCAAUUCCCAAAGUCAGGAUCAAGACUAUUAAAACCUCCUCUGGUGAAAUUAAAAGAAUGGUAACAAGGAUCCUGCCGGAAGUCGAUGACUUGGGCAAAUCUCCUGAAGAAUCGCCCGUGGAGAGUUCAGCAACCGAAGAGUUUGUGAAAUCCUUCCCUUCACCAGAACCAAAUGCAUCCAUGGACACUGAGUCAUGCAAGGGCUUUGCUAAAGCCACUGCUCAAGAGGCAAACCUAGCAAGUCCCCACGUUGACAGUAUGAGUGCAGACAUUCCUGUAAGCAGCACCCCUGGUGCACCCCUGCUGGCAAACAGCAGCAGCGGGACAAUAAAAGAAGGUAUUGUGGGACAGCCGUCAAGCAAGAAGCAGCAGCCGGGUGUGGUGGCGCAGCCCUGUAACCCUGCCAGCCUCCUUCCUAAAGCCGUGCACCUGGCCAAUCUCAACCUGGUUCCCCACAGCGUUGCGGCUUCUGUGGCGGCGAAAUCUUCCGUGCAGCGGCGCGGCCCGUCCCAGCUCACGCAGAUGUCUGUGCCGCUUGUGCACCAGGUUAAGAAAGCCGCUCCUCUUGUCGUCGAGGCAUUCAACAAAGUGUUGCAUGGUGCCAAUCCUGUGCCAAUCUAUACUCCAAACCUCAGCCCUCCUUUUGACAGCAGUAUUCACUUACCUGCGUCUGGGUAUUGUUGCCUGGAAUGUGGCGACUCGUUUGCCUUAGAGAAAAGCCUCACCCAGCAUUACAGCAGGAGAAGUGUCCACAUUGAAGUCAUGUGCACUCAGUGUUCGGCGACGCUGCUGUUCUUCAACAAAUGCAGCUUGCUCAAGCAUGCGAGGGAUCACAAGAGCAAAGGCUUUAUCAUGCAGUGUUCUCAGCUGUUCAUGAAACCCAUUUCCUUAGACCAAAUGUUUUCGCCUUCUCCAACAAGCUCUUCAGCGUCUUCGACAUCUCAGACGUCACGGUUGCCCCCUCUCCCGCAAAAGACUUGCGCUGCGCCGGGAAGCGGGACUGGGAGCUCAACAAAUGCUCAGCCGGCUUUGCCCCUGUAUGCGGACCCGUUGAGACUAAUUCGUCACGGAUUAAAGUGUUUUGAAUGUAAUAAGCAGGCACUGGACUAUGUUGCCCUAGCAGCACAUUAUCAGAGAACCUCGGAAGAUAAUGAGGGACUGACUUGUCAAGUGUGCCAGAUGCUGUUGCCCAACAAGUGCAGUUACUGUGCUCAUCAAAGAAUCCAUGCUCACAAAUCCCCUUAUUGCUGCCCAGAGUGUGGCGCCAUUUGCCGGUCGGCCUAUUUCCAAACCCACGUCAAGGAGAACUGCCUUCAUUACUCCCGCAAAGUUGGCUACAGGUGCACUCACUGUGGGGUUGUCUUCAUGUCGCAAGCUAUGCUGAAAGUGCACAUUCACGAGAAGCACUGUGAAGUCUUCCACAAGUGUUCGUUCUGUCCUAUGGCCUUCAAGUCUGCAGACAGCACCACUGCUCACAUUACCAGUCAGCACCCCGCAGAACCUCAUAAGACAUCUCAGGUGAUCUACAAAUGCUCUUGUGAGACGGUCUUUAACAAGAAGAGGCUUCUGCAGGAGCACUUCCAGCAGAAUGCCAACAGGCUGAUGGUGGGAGUGUUCAAGUGUCCGCAUUGCCAGCUGGUGUAUAUGCAGAAACUUCAGCUAAUGCAGCACGUUAAGAGCGUCCAUGGGGUCCCUGAGAAUCCUGAAGAUCUUGCUAGCUUCCGACAGAAGCCAGAAACAGCAACUAACAGCAAUGUACUUCCAGCAUCAAAGGAGCUGUCAGUAAUCAAUGGUACUUCCCAGACCUCUUUGCCCACAAAAGGGACGAGCCCAGAAUCAAAACCCAAGCCAAAACCCUGCAGUUGGACGUGUCGGGAGUGUUCGCAGUGCAUCCCUGACCGAGAAACCUAUGUGUCCCAUAUGAGGAAAAGCCAUGGAAAGAAUGUGAAAAGAUAUCCCUGUCGGCAGUGUGAGCGCUCAUUCAACGCCUCCAAUAGUCUGCACAGACAUGUACGCAAUAACCAUGACACAGCAAAGAAAGUUUACACCUGCUGGUACUGCACAGAUGAAAUCCAGACAUUUCCUCAGCUGUCUAUGCUAGAGAGCCACAUCAGCCUCAUGCACGGCAUCAAAAACCCAGACCUUUCCCAGAUAUCCAAAACCAAAGCUCCGGCAGAAGACUUGACAAAAGCAAAAUAUCCAAAGAGGGUAUCUGCAGGUGGUUUGGACCAAACGGAAACUACGGCAUCGGGAUCUGAAGAUCCACCAGCAAAAAAACUGAAGGCACACUGGAAGUGCGCCAAGUGUGGAUUUGCAACGGCCGCUGAGAGUGAAUUUCUGGAACACAUACCUCGGCACAAGACGGACAGCUCCACGUACCAGUGCCAGCUCUGUGGCUUGUGCUACACGUCUCACAUCUCUCUGAACAGGCACCUCUUCAUUGUUCAUAAAGUGAAAGAUCCGGAGGAGGAGCAGGAGGAGCCUGAUCCUGAGCCAGAUUCUGAAAAAGCGGCUCAGCAAAUGGAGACAAGCGAGAACGGACUUGCAGAGCCGAAUGGCAAGAUGAACACUGCGGACGAGGAAGGAGGUGGUUCAAAGAGCCAGGACCCUGAGGGCGACCCCACGUCCUGUGAUGCAGAAAAGCCCAGCACGCAGAACAAACACCCCAAAUCUCCAAAUAUUUAAAGAGCGUGUUUUGCCUCACUCUAAAUGUUGAUUGGAGGGGGAGGGGGGGUUCUUAAACAUGCUGUUCAUUUCAUGGAAUGGGCGCGGCAUUCCAUUCACUUUAAUUAGGAAGGGAAAUCAAAACGGCAAACUGCCACCGUCUCUGUAGCACUGAAUAUGUAACAAUUAUGAGAGGGGGAAGUAGAAUGUGAUGAGGAUGUCCAGCUGAACCAUGUCUGAACCUUCAGGUCAGGAGCACUUUUCUGCUUUGUGUGUGUGUGUCUCUCCCCCCCCCCCCUUUCCAGGAACAGCAGGACCACUCUGGUCCCACUAAAGGCCUCAGCCAACAGUUCCACCUCAGUUUUCCUGUUCUUCUUCUUCUUCUUCUUUUCAUAACAAGCAUUGCCUUCCACUUCAGUUCCUUACCCAAGCCUGCCAGGCAUUCUGUCUGGGCUGCAAAGCCUGCGUCAACUCUUUUUCUCUUGAGAUGUGAAUCCACAGAGGCUUUCCUUCCCUAAAAUCAUGCUGGCUUCACCUUUCAGGCACUCCAUGAGUCUGGUCCUCUACCCAUGCAGAACACAAAAACAAAAUUGGUCUUUUUUUUUUCUAGAAGCGAUUCGGUGCCACUAAACAUUCACCUUACGUGGGUUAAAUUUUGCACAAAUGGAGUUUCUAGGUUCCCACUGUGUUUUAAACAAUAAUCAGCCUCAAUGUUGGCCCCAAUUGGAGCUCUCCUGUGUUCAGAACUGGGCCGGGUUGUGCUGGAGCUUCUUGCAAGCCAAAGUACAAGCUUUCACUAAUUAUCCCACAUGCACAUACCUGGCCUGGGAGUAUUAGUGACAUAUAUGAUAGACUGCAGGAUGCUUUUCUCUCACUGGGCAUAUGACAUUUAAAUAAGAAUUGGGUUGCAUAUGUGAUAAAAUUCUGCACGAUUAAAUGUCUACACUAGAGGGUUUGCUCCCACGUUGUCUCUCAUGCCUAAGCUGCCCAUUCAGGCCCUGUGUGAUCCGGCCCAGAGUCUCAAGAUUCUCCUUCCUUGUAAGCUUAGCAUAUUGUUCUGCCUGUGUUUGGUUCCUUCUCUUGCUGUAUCAGCCAAAGCAGGAUCGUCCCGUAAGAAUUUCAGUCAUGUGAAAAGGGCGCUGCAGGAGAAGCUGUAUUCAAGAACGCAGAACCUGUCUGUCUGUUGACAUAUCCAGCUGCCAAGUAUAGCAUGGCCGGCCGCCUAUCGUCGUUUCAGAAUGGAGCUUUCCAGAUCACCCCCAGCAAAGUGAGGACAAGAAGACGCUUGCUCCAAGAGAUCUCCCUGCCUCGUUCUCUUCCAAGUGCUCCCGCUCUUGAGGAACUACAUUAUAUCUCUUCCCUGCCCCUCCCACCUCUGCUCAAUUGGCCGAAUUGAUUCUGGAGUUUCCUUUCCACACUUGCAUUGACUCGUCUCCCCCGUCUGUGCCGUUUCCCCUCCCCUGUGCUUAUUCCUCAUGCUUUGUGUAAUACUUAACUUUUUUUAUACGGUUUUUAUGUUUUGAGUCUGAACCCUGCUCAUUGUUUACUAUAAAUAAUUUUAAAAAAGGAAAAAAAACCUAUUUAUCUUAUUGCAUUUGAAUUGCUCACUUUCUCGUCUGAAAUGUGUUUUGAUAAAACCCUUUGUAUUUUUUGAUACUGUGUACAUUUUAGUCUAGGGAAUGUUUUACAAGGUAGCCUAGCUAUAGUAACAAUAGCAGGGGGUGGGGAGGGGGGGUGUCCCUCCCAAGCCAUCACAUAUCUAUUUAAUCCGCAGUGGCAUUUGUGCCUUGCUAUAAUGUUUACUUCAAAGUAUUUCAAAUAAAACCAUCUAACAAUG